GCUUGGAGUGCGGAGGGGGAGGAGAAGAAGAGGCACUCAUAACACAGAAGUUUAGCGUUCACUACUCAGAACAUUACUCUCAUUUCAAGUCUCCAUCAGAGACCGAGCGCUCUCUCAAUCAGUUGUAAGUUAAGGCAAAAGUAUAUUGUUAGAGGUGCUUCCACAUUUUCGCGUUGCUUUUUUUUCUUCUUCAACUUUGGGAAACUUAGUGAUUUAAGAGACUUAUCUACCGCUUUGUGUGUACAUUGGUGACUUCUUCAGACAUCGCUUCGUUGCUGUUGAUUUUCAGUGUAUUUUCUCCUUUUGGUAGGAGAAAACUUAAUGACAUUUUUUUCUGACAAGAGUAUUGGAACAAAUACGUCUGACUGAUCUUCCAGCCUUUCACAGCGUUUGUGCGGACUGGGAUUAAAACGCAAGAAGUGGACUGAUUCUCCAAUGCAAAAUUACAUGUAUGAGAAGGCAAUGGCACAAGAGACAAGAAACGGCGGCACAUCAUCCACGUUAAAUAACAACAACGGCGUCGACAACAGCAAGAGGAAACUUUUAAUAGGGUUAGAUAUACUCUGCCUGCUGCUAGCUGGCCUGCCUUUCCUGAUUAUUGAAACUAGCACUAUCCAGCCCUACCAGCGUGGCUUUUACUGCGACGACGAGUCCAUCAAGUACCCGUACAAAAACGGAGACACCAUAAGCGACGCCGUGCUUUGCGCCGCUGGCAUUCUCAUUGCCAUCCUUUCUAUCAUUAUCGGUGAAUGCUACCGGAUCUGCUACCUGAGCGAGGGCUCCAAGUCCUUCGUGGGCAACCCGUACGUGUCGGCACUCUACAAGCAGGUGGGCGUGUUCAUCUUCGGCUGCGCCGUCAGCCAGUCGUUCACAGACAUCGCCAAGGUGUCGGUGGGCCGCAUGCGUCCUCACUUCCUGGACGUGUGUAAGCCAAACUACGCCCUCAUCAACUGCUCGCUGGGCUACAUCACGGACUACGAGUGCACAGGCAUCGACAGCAAAGUGCAAGAAGCCAGGAAAUCAUUCUUCUCUGGCCAUGCCUCCUUUUCAAUGUUUACGAUGCUCUACUUGGCAUUCUACCUGCAGUCGCGCUUCACGUGGCGCGGUGCGCGUCUGCUGCGGCCGCUGCUGCAGUUCACGCUGCUGAUGAUGGCCUUCUACACCGGCCUGUCCCGCGUCUCCGACCACAAGCACCACCCCACCGACGUGCUGGCCGGCUUCGUGCAGGGAGCCCUGGUGGCAUACUGCAUAGUGUUCUACGUGUCUGACCUGUUCAAGCCCAAAGAGAAGGCCGCGACCCCACCACCCUCCCCGAUCAAGAAGGAGCUGUUGCCGUCAGCGGACAUCAUCGAGAGAAACAACCACCACAACAUGGUGUGAGGAAGUCGGGGGGUACGGGGAACCCCCCCUAUGUGACCCCAACCCCCACCUGAACAGCCACCUGUGACGUGACGAGCAGCACAACCCCCCCUGCCCUACUUCAACCCUCCCACCCCAACCCCAUCCCAACUACGAGUUGCUCAUGCCUCACACCUGACAGUAGAAUGUAGGGACGAGAGACAGAGACUUUUCUUUGACACGAGAACUCUUGUAUUAUAAUUAUUGUUAUUGUUAUGACUUUUUUUUUUUUUUACAUUUGAGCCCAUUAGCGAAAGAAUGAAAGCAAAAAAAAAUAUCUAUAGCUAAACAAGACAAGUGAAUGACAUGAAAUGAUGGCAACUUUAAACAUGAACUGAAGGAAGGAAGGAAGGAAAAGAGAGAGGGGGGGAGAGGAAAAAAACACAAAUCCCCUGGAAAAGUGUGAAGUGACCAUGUCGAAGUCGAGAACUUUGACAGAACAAACCGAUUUCUCUGAUAUGAGAGUCAUGACUGCACCGAGGAAAAGGGGGAGGAAAAGAUGUGGAGGAUGAAUGGAUGGAUGGAUGGAUGAAUGACUGAAAGAGAAAAAAAAGAAAGACAAACAAUGGAGAGUUUAGCUGUGCAUCAGGUCCUCGACUCUCUUGCCAGGGGGACUCGACCACUUAACCCUUCUCAUCUCUCCUUCCAAUGCCUUCUCAGUGCAUAUAGGACAACAAAUUCCUUAGCUCUAGGAAUGAUAUUUCUUUUCCUGCAAUGUUACUAGCACAAAAUAAGUAUAUUAACAAAUAUAAAGAAAAAAAGUAACUUAUAGCACUAUAUCCAAGUUUUAUUGUCGAUUGUCACCACUUGCUACUUAGGAAACGGUAGCUGAACGGAUGCUUGAUGAUGAUAAUGUUGUUAUGUAUGAUGUUGAAGCCUUGGAGCCGUGAGUGGGGUGGGGGGGGUUCGCUCCCCUCUCUGCAGAGGUCUCCCACACCUUACCACAGUGUUUCUCAAUCCUCCUCCCGCGCUCGAGGAGACUCGCCAACAACGAUAUGAAGAUACCUUGUCGUAGUAAUGCUUCAUUAUUACGGCAUUUCAUUCUACUUAACAAUAUACUUGUGUUUUAUGAUUAUUAUUAUUAUCAGGCUAAGGAUAGCUAUUCAGAUAAGUGGUCCCAGGUCUAAGGGAAGGUGCCCUCUGGGAUAUACGGGGGUGUAGGGUGGGGUUGUAAAGAUAGUCGGGGAGUAAUCGGGUGUGUGCAGAGGGGUCUGGGUGUACAGGGGGCG